AAAGCCUGGGUCCUCCUGCGCAAAGCUGAUUGGUGCUCAGCCAGUGGGCUCUAGGCUGCUGCCGAUAAAGGCUCCUUACUGCCCUGGGCUGGACAGAUGCAGUGCAGGGGAUCAUCUCUGCCUCAGGACCCUGGGAAAGUGCUCACUGCCUCUCUGAACAACACACAUCUGUGGCCUGCAAAGAGGAACCAGACCUCGAAGAUGAAACUUCUGCCUCCCCAGUUCCCUUCCGUCCUGGUCAUCUACUGCAUCUGUAUGCUGAAGAUUCCCUCCUCAGGAGUUUCUCAACCUUUAGCUGAUUCUCCAGAUGGCUUGGAUAUUGCGGAGCUUGAGCAACUGGUAUACUUUCUGAACCAGUGGGAGACACUUUAUAACCAACCUAAGGAAAACCAGGAUGUGUACAAAAGGUUUUUAUUUCACUACUCCAGAACUCAGAAGCCAAAGCAUCCCAUUAACUCCGAGUUUGUGCCCGUGCACCCCUUGAUGCGCCUGGCUGCCAAGCUCUCCAGCAGAAGGAUGAAAAGAUUGCUGCAUCCAGAUUCCGGGGCUGUUACUGUGGACUUUCCUAAGAAGGCAUGUGAACCUCGUGAGAACACUGAUUUCCAGAAAGUUCUAGAAAAAAAGGGCAGAGAUGUGGCUGGAACCUGUAACUCUUCCAGGCCCAUUUAG